CAAAAUAAAUACAUGUAUUUAAAAGACUAUCAUAGGGCAGGGAUAUAUUGCAUAGAUAAUCUCAUGUAGAUUUAUCGAAAAGUCAGUGAUGUAAAAUAAUCAUCAUGUCUGGUUCGGAUCAAUAGGUGUAGACUUGGAAAGUGGAAAUUUAACAUUCCAUUGGAAAACAACGUUGUUUUGGGUAGAACCUUAACGUUUGACCUAAAGCUGUUCAGUUAUGUAUCUCUUUUAAAGUUUUGUGGUAAGGUUUUUUAAGCGCACAUCACAUAGAGUUUGAUCUUAUACCAACUCUUGAAUAUAUGAUACAUAUCAACCGACCAUGUAACAUGUAUUUACUUUUCAGAAACAGUCUCACAAAAACAAUUUACGAGAAUACUACUAGUAAUCGUCGUAUAAGUAUUGAACAUUUCAAUUUAACUUGCGAUUAAUUUUAGUCGUAAUAUGUUUUUAAACAUCAGUUGAAGCUUUUGAGUGUGAUUUAUGAUAAAAAGAUUUGCAACUGUUGACUUUAUAUCAUUAUGUAUAUUUUAUAUCAACUUUUAACUUUGUGGAACCCAAGCAUCAUCAUAAAGUUACAGUGGACAUUAGAUAAUUCAGUUUAAUAUUGACAGACUUUCUAUACUGAAAGAGACUCAGGAAAGAGAGGUAAAAGAUACCAAAGGUACAUUCACCAUUGUUCACAAGCAUUGGCAAAGAGUGAUGAAACUGGUUUGAUCUGGUUAAGAGUUCACGAAUGCAUGCACAUGACAACCGGUUGAAACUAGAAUAAGUUUAACAAUGCUUCUGUAAAUGCAUUAUUUCCAAUGAUUAUCUUGGGACUUGACGUAUCUGGGUUAUGAUAAAGUUGUGACAUCGUUGAUAUGAAUUGACGAAUGACAGAAUCAUCGGGUAUAUUACCAGCAUCGCAUUACAGAAGCAACGAUGACAACUGAAGCAGAAGAAUUUAAAGAGUUAAAAACUGAUACUCAAGAGCUAUGUAACGAAAUAAAAGAAAACAAAGUUCCUGAUGGAGGAUGGGGAUGGAUUGUAUUAAUGUGUUCAUUCUUUGUUAUGUUUAUGAUUGAUGGUUUAUUCGGAUCAUACGGACUUUUACUUCCAGUUUUAAUGGAAAAUUUACAUGCUAGUCCUUCUUUGACUUCUCUGGCUGGUUCGGUUAUCGUUGGAUGUCUUUUAUUUAUUGCUAUUGUUGCCUGUCCUCUGAUAGAAAAAUUUGGUUGCAGAGUUGUAGCUAUAACCGGAGCACUGAUUGCCACACUAGGAUUAGUUUUAAGUUCCAUGGCUGUUAAUAUAUGGAUGUUUCUUGCGACUUAUGGUGUACUCACAGGUUGCGGUAUGGGACUUAUGUAUUUACCGUCAAUAGUAAUGGUAAAUCAGUACUUUGACAAGAAAAGAGGCAUUGCACAGAGUAUCAUGUCUGCUGGUUCUGGUAUUGGAUUGAUGGUCAUCUCCCCUGUGACAGAAAAAUUGCUCGACAUUUAUAGUUGGCGGGGAACACUUCUUAUUCUUGCUGGCUUUUUCCUGCAGUUAUGUGUUGCUUGUGCGAUGUUUAGAACUUACAAGGUAAUAUCACCUCAAAGCAAGAAUACCGAAGAAUCAAAAGCGAUUGGAGAAAUUUCAAAUGAAAUUGAAAUUGAAAUUUUAGUUGAUCAACCACAUACAGAACUUUUAGAACAUGACAACAUAUUGUCUGUGAAAUCCCUUGAUAAUGAAAGUUAUAACAAAAGUAUUGGAAGUUUUAAGAAAACACAAUUGAGUGAUAAAUGCACAAAAAUUCAUUUUGAAGGGAAAUGUUGUAAAACGCAUGCUAUGCAGUUUGCGAAAACGGAAAAUUUUAAGCAUAGUACUAGUAGUCUGCCGCAAAACAUGUUUAGGACACCUUAUGAGAAAAGUUCAUUUCUCCAAUUUCGCUCUAGUCACUGCAUUAGUGAGCCUCGUCGGCAUUCUUCAUCUCUAUUUAAAAAUUUAAACAAAGGCAUUCUUUCUCAAAAAGACAUUUUCUAUUGUGGUAGUUUAACUCGUCUCAAACAUAAUAGUGACACAAAAAGCCUUCUUGGUUCAAUAGUUAUUAGAGGAGAUGAAUACAGUUAUAGCAAAGUAUCCCUUGAUACUUCCAAUUCUUCUGAUGAAAGUGAAUAUCACCAUAAAGUAUGCAACGGAGGUCUGUGCGCUAAUAAAGCAUUUUGGUUCGUCGCCAUCGCAGCUGUCCUUUCUCAGAUGGCACAGUUCAUUCCGAACAUGUUCCUUGGCGAUUAUGGAAAAACCGUUGGAUUAAGCAGCAUAGAAGUGUCUUGGAUAUUUUCUGUUUUUGGUGUGGUCAAUACUUUAGGCAGACUCCUGCCGGGUUUUAUAAUCGACAAUACAAAAUUAUCGUCUGUAUGCCUGUGUGUCUUUGGUAUGGCUGGAUGUACCAUUACCUGUUUUAUGUUUCCGUUAUGUGACCAGUUUGCAUCUGUGAUGGCAUUUUCGACUUCUUUCGGAUUCUUUAUAGCAUUUUACUGUCCACUACAACCAAUCAUGGUUCUAGACAGUGUCGGAUUAGACAACUUAACUAAAGGAUUAGGAGUACUUACUGUUCUUAAAGCACCAGCAGCUGUAUUUGGACCUCCAUUUGCAGGAGUUCUCUAUGAAUGGACCAAGAAUUAUGAUAUCGCAAUAUUGUUUGCCGGAUGUCUAUGUUUGUCAACAAUAGUAGUAUAUUUGAUUAAUCCAAUACACAACUACCUCAAAUCUCUUUGUAUAGCAAACAAUGACAACUCUUCAACAACCCUCUCGUCAAAUGAUUCUACACUUUGACGAAAAGGACAACAUUGGGCUUUAAUAUUGGUGUUUUUAUAACUGUUUUGUUACUUUUGACGGACACUCACCUAAAAUCUCAUUUGUGUUUAAUAUCUGUUUAUAUAUAUUAAGUUAUAUACAUGAGCAAAUGUUUUUGAGAUACAUUAUCUCCCAAAUAAAAUGACUAAAACACUCAACAUAGAUACCAGGAUUAUAUUGUUGGUUCACCAGACGCGCGAUUCGUCUGCAUAAGACUCACCGGUGUCAAAACAGUGCGAAGUCCAUACCAAAAUUAAGGGGUUGAAGAACAGUUCUAUGACAGAUUAACCUUAGAGAUGGUUUUGAUUAUUCCAUUUAGGUCCCUUUCAAUCAUAUAUCUACUCCAGUAUUUAUGCGUCCCCAUCUCUCAAAGGUUUUGUAUUUGGACAUUCCUGAUAAAUGUGAAUCCAGAAAAGCUCUGCGGUCGCAGCAAAUUUAUAAAGAACAAUGUACUAUAAUUAUCAUAUUCUAAUCACUGGAUUUUUAAAAGCGUAAUGCGAAAGGUAGUGGAGAUGGAACUUUAAAGAGUCAGAGCACUAGUUCAAUUCGGUUUUUUAAUGGUGCUUUUUUCUUGCGCCACCUUUCGGAAUUUUUGGUCCUCAAUGCUCUUCAACUUCGCACUUUAUUUGGCCUUUUUAACUUUUUUGAUUCGAGGGUCACUAUUCCAGGGCUUGUAUUUCUUAUCAUGAUUUCCUUGGUAGAGGGUUGCUGCUUACAAGGAAGCUUUUAAACUAACAGUUCCAAGUGGUGAAACCCCCAAGGGUGGCUGUUAAGAACCCUUGCAGCAACUCUUUGAGGGGUACGUAGUUGGCCUGUUGCAAGGCUAAAUUUCGGUCCCUAUCCAAUAUAACCUCAUUUUUCAGUGGCAAUCCAAAUUUUCCCUGACCUUCAUCCCAGAUGGCCUCUAUUACAUGACCUACCUAUUGAAUUCAUUGUUAAUUUGUUUUUAUCCUGAACAUGCAUGAAAUAUUUUCCGCUGAACGUUAAGCAACCAACAAUCAAUGAAUCCAAGUGGUGAAGUUGAAAUCAUCCCUUCGUAAAUUUUACAGACGCCAUCACGAGUUGGUUGACCAUUAUGGAAUACCUGUUUCACAGAUGACGACGGAUAUGAUCCAAUUGUUGUAACUACAAUUUCGUCCCCUUUUCUCCGAAUGUGACAUACCGUUUUAGACUUAUCACCGGGUUUGUACUUACAUGAGCAACACGACGGGUGCCACAUAUGGAGCAGGAUCGGCUUACUCUUCCGGAGCACCUGGGAUCACCCCCAGAUUUUGGUAGGGUUCGUGUUGCUCAUUCUUUAGUUUUCUAUGUUGAGUUGUGUUUACUGUUGUUUGUCUGUUGAUCUUUUUCUUUUUUAACCAUGUCGUUGUCAGUUUAUUUUCGACUUAUGAGUUUGAAUGUCCCUUUGGUCUUUUGUAGACGAAGGGCGCGUUUGGCGUACAAAUCUAUGAUGAGUUUAUUUAGUAUCUGUGUAAUGUG